CAUUGUAACGCUAUAAUAAAAACAAAAACAAAACUAUUUUAAUUAAAUUGUCAUUGUAUUGUUAUAAGCUGUAAUAAAAAGUAAAAUUGUUCAAUCCAAAUUCAGCAGAAAAUAUUAUUUGGCACUUGUAAUUACCGUAAACUAUUCGUCAAGAUGGGCAAUAAUCAUGGUAGACGCGACCCGGCCGAAUGCGUAAUGAAAUCCCACGACAAGAAGCGCAAAAAGUUGCCAUUUUAUCUCUCCCUUUUAAGAUACCAGAGAUGCAACGUCUUUCAUAUGAUUUAUCUGCUUUGCAAGACAUAAAGGUACCUUACAUUUGGCUGGUCGGGGCGAUGGGAUGUGGACGGAAUGUACAGGCGGAAUCGAUGCAACAAAAUUACGGAUUUGAAGUCAUCAAAAUCAGCAAUCUCUUACGGGCAAACGCUACCAAUGAUACCGAUCGCGGACGUGUUAUCAAAGAAAACCUCGACUUGAAGAAUGGCUACAUCCCAAAUACUAUAAUUUUAGAUCUUUUGAAAGAAGAGAUGCUAGCAAAAGCUAAACAGACCAGCGGAUUUAUAAUAAAUGGAUUUCCAAUCAACCGCGAACAGGCCGACAUGUUCGUGAAAGAGAUUGGUCCGGUUGAUGUCAUUAUUGUUUUCAAAUGUUCCCAUUCAGUUAUGUUGGAGAGGUACGCACAAAAAAUGCCACAUCUAACAAAACAAGAAAUUAAAGCCAAGUUACGGCAGUAUACUUCACAUGUAAAAUCGUCUUUGCAAAAGUACGACACCAAAGUUGAGAAGUUUGACACAAGCAAAGAAACAGCUGAUGAAAUAUUUCCACGAAUUCAAUCUGCAAUGAAUGUACGAAUUUUUGGUGAAGCUGCCAAGAACAUUUUAGAAUGAAAAGCCAAUAUCAAAAGUUGUUAAAGUUGAUUACAGCGUCCUUCAGCCUGUCAACAUUCAGCGUCCUGGACAUACUACAUCCUCAUCCGCCACGAAUAUAAAUCACUAGUCUUCUAACAAUUGAACCUGAAAGUGUAUCCACUCUAAAUUUGACCAAAUAUACAUUGUAAUGUGCUGUUACACAAAAUUA